GCGGUGAGUUUCGGCUGUAAUGCCUUUGCUCUCCUCUUUGAUGACAUUGACGCACGUCUCAGUCCACCUGAUCAGGAUGCUUUUGGUUCACCGGCUCGAGCACAAGCCGCUCUCACUAACAAAGUGUAUGAAGCACUUGGACGCCCCGAGGUCUUUCUCUUCUGUCCCACCGAGUAUUGCGCCAGUCGGGCCCUCCCCAAUGUUCUAAAUUCCUCUUACCUCGCUACAUUGGGAACAGAUUUGGCAGAAGGUGUUUACGUGAUGUGGACAGGUCCCCUCAUUGUGAGCAAACGCAUUUCCACCCUGGGUAUUCGCGACGUCUCACGUCUUCUCAAACGACCCAUUGUGCUGUGGGAUAAUCUCCAUGCGAACGACUACGAUGCACGUCGAGUCUACUUGGGUCCCUAUGCUGGAAGACCUCUUGCAUUGCGACGUCGCCGACUUCUUCGUGGUGUUCUCACAAAUCCAAAUUGUGAAUUUGAAGUCAACUACGUGGCUAUUCAUACCCUUGCACAGUGGGCUCAAAUCGGCUACCCCACUCAGUCAGAGAAGGUGGCAGCCUCUUCAAACCUCACAGACACUAGCGACGACAUAGAACGCGAAGAAAGGGAGGAGGAGACUCAGUCGAACGAAGAAGUAGCUUCAGUACCAAGUACCCCUUCAACACAUGUCUAUCGUCCCAGGGAGGCUCUUCAUAACGCUCUCCGGGAUUGGUUGGCUCUCAUGGUACUGGAUCAACAAUCAACUUCAGUUUUGGCGAAACAGUCUUCCUUGCCUCCCUCAUCUCCUACCCCAAUGGAUACAGACUCUACUGAUACCUCAGAAACCCCUAUGCAGAUUGAAAAUGAUGAAGUCGCUGGUAUAAAAACCGAGGUUGACUAUAGCAUUGUUCCGGAAUUUCCCACCACUGUCGUCCCUUCACUGGGCAUCAGUCUAAAUGAUCUGCUUCUCCUCUCCGACUUAUUUUAUCUUCCGUUCUCCCACGGUCCCAAAGCCCUGAAAGCCUUAGAACUUGGCCAUUGGCUGCGCGAAAACGUGCGUCUUGCUCCAGUCAAUAAAUUUUCGGACAGUGAGAAUAACCCCUGGUGUAAGAAAUAUGCAGAACUAUUGGAAAUUGCCACCAGUGUGAGUGAAUUGAGAGAGAAGUUUCAACGAUUUCCACAUCCUGGUGUUGUAUCUGACCUUGCGCCCUACCUCGCUGAUAUAAAUUCAGCCUUUACCAUGCUCCUCGAUUACUUUCGAUGCCUUGAGAACGGUUUAAUGGCAAACAAAACCCAGGCUCAUCUAAAAUCCUAUUCCCCAAUUUACAGUGAAGUUGCAAUGUCUGGCGAUUGUGAACCCUCGAGGUUUCGAGGUGGCCUAAUUACUGAUCUUCAGCGAAUUCUCCCCCUCGAAUCAGCCCAAGAUCUCUUUCCAGGUCCCAUUCGAGUAGGUCCUACAACAAAUACCACAUCAAUCGAUCAACCCAUUGCCCUGGAAGAAUUGCCCUCUGAAUCCCAGCCAGUCCAGACCCCUUCAAUCGAGAACAAAGGGCUGAGCAACGCCGACACAUUGCUUCAAUCAUACAGAGACUACACCCUGCGACCCUAUCGACGCGAAGAUAAGGCGAAGGUUUAUGCACUUUGGCGACGUAUCUUGUUGCAUAGGCUAGGUUUACCUCAAGAUGCUCUACCGGAGAAGUAUAAGGACCUACCUGGAGACAGGUACCUCCUUGUCUAUCUGGCACUUUUCCCCGAACACGGACUGAUCAUGGAAGGUCCUCCACUUUUCUCUGAAGUUUCCAGAUCAAUAAAUUCACAGCCAUCACCGUCAUCCAAUAAGGAACAGAGGGAUAUUGUGGGCUUUGCAUUUGCCGCUCCUGAUCUUGUUUCGAUGACCCAGUUUCGAGACAACCUUAGAAGGGAAGUAUUGCGGACCAAGUACCCCAGAGAUGAAAUUUUGCAGCUCCGGGAUGGAGAGAGUGAAAAACCAGAGUCAAUCUUUCGAGUAUUAUCGUCAAAUAACCGUGUGUUGCCAAAAAUCUCAAUGGAGCUCUUUAUUAAAAUGUCACUGGACUGGAUCCACGACGAGCUCAUUACUCGAUCUUCUCCAAGCAUCUUCGCGGAUUCCGCUUUUGCCGAUGCUCCGCCACCCGAACGUCUAGAUAAUGCAAUCUCAGAACAACAGAAGCUGCAGCACAAAUCCGACCACCAGCAGCAGAUUAUGACUACUUUAAAGGAGAAUCCCGAGUCAAAUGUACCUAUAGUGGAGGUAUCGGUGAAAUCUCCUGACGAGAAAGCUUCCCUAUCAUCUUUUGAGAAGGAUACUAAUAACUCUAACCAUGGAAGUAGUGGCUCCCAAGAGAAGUUAGGAAGCGAUGAGACAGAGAUGAUAGAUUGUUCUACCUCUUCGACAACCACACAAAUUUCUACUAAUAGUGCUUCAGUAGUUGGUAGUUCGGAUUCUCAGAAAAAAUGCGAGGACAUAAAACCUGGUUGUGUGCCUGCUAUUAUGGCCCACCCUGCGAGCAUUUUUAUCGAACUAGAUGAUACAGAAUUUGAUAGGACCCCCUUCGCGAUAGCUCCAUCUCAGCUUGGAAGUGGAAGAGGAGUGCCGUUGGUGGGAUGUGAUCCCCCGGAAAUGGUCUUAGAUGAAGUCGCUAGACGUCUCUUCAUCUGUCUUUUGGCUGGACUGAAAACGUGUGCUUCUCAUGGUGUGCACGUUGAGCUGGAUCGAAUAAACGAGACUCGAGCUGAGUUGUAUAGACACUUUAACUUCUAUCCUGUGACUGCUGCAACAACAGAUUUUGUGACAGUUUUCGGACGCCUUAUAUGA